CAACGAGACAAGAAAUGUUUUAAAGAUCAACGAAUGUGGUUACAGCAUGAAGCUUUGUGUCAAGGACAUCUUCAGGAAACGGGAACAUUCAGAAAAGCGUUAUGGCAGAAACUUUCCUCAAUUGUUUCUCCAAUUUUAUCUGAAGUCAUUGCGUACAGUGAUCAAAAUCACAACCUCGAUUUAUUAUGCAAAGGAAAUGAAUGGCAAAUAA